AUGAACUUUAAUAAUGGCUUGUUUAGUUCAGGAACAGCUGAUAAUUAUUUUAAAUACGGAAGAAAUAACGAACACAGUCAAGGUCAGUCUUCGUCAACAUCGACAACACACCAAUCAAAACCAAUCUCUACUAGAACGCCAAGACCCCUCGGACUCAAGAGGACUACGUCGAAUAGCAACUAUCCCGUGAAACAAGAUGAAGUUUCAACAUCAACAAUACACAAUGAUCGAUUAAGGAAUUAUUCUUCUGGCAUGACGAAUAUAUAUCAAACGGACGAGUCUCCAACAACAUUAACUAAAACACCGACGUACGAAUAUUACGGAUUCGUUCUAUAUUUAUCUUCAUUCAUCGCAUUCGUGAUAUAUUUGUUAUGGGCAUAUUUACCGGAUGAGAUAUUAAUAUCAUUAGGAAUAACUUAUUUUCCGGAUAGGUAUUGGGCACUUGCAUUACCAGUCUGGUCAUUUGUAAGAUACGUUCCAGCAAAAUUCCAUGAAAUCAAUAAACAUUUGAUCAAUUCAUUUAUGAAAUCAUUAGACGAUCAUGCAAACAUAGGACAGAAUUUAUCACAAUUAUCUGGUAUAACCGAUGAUUUUGUUCCAGAAUUACAUGAUAUACCAAUAGGUAUAGUUAAUGCAUGUCUCUAUCAAAAUGUUGAUGGGUUAGGGUUAUGGGAAGAAGAAGAGAAGAAUGGAAAUGAUGGAAACAUUGACAUCAGUAAUAAAAGUACGAUAGAAAGACAAGAAAGGAUAGAAUCCGAUUCCAAAAGUAAAAUAUAA